CCUGCGGCUCCCCUCACUCCGCCCCUGGCCUCCUUGGGCGUCGCGUCGCACCCCUGCGCUCCUGCCACCCCUCGACCUUUCUUGCGUUUGAAAGUUUAUUCUUUGAGGGGAGAAUCUACGGCGCAGCGAGGGAAGCUUUUGUGGAAAGUAAGCAGCAAGCUAGGGGAUCAGGAUGGCGGGACGUCACAGCACAUCGCUGGUGCUGGUGCUCACCUGUCUUGCUGCCGUCACUGCAGGGGUGGACAACGACGUGCAGAAGGUGACCCUCCCGCAGGUGGUCAAGCAUCCUCUGCGGCCGCUCAUGGAGGUCCUCUCCCAGGGCGGACCCCGCGAGAUGCGAGCUGCCACUUUCCCCGGCAUCCCGUCGGGCUGCCUCUCCUGCACCACGGGCGGACUCGGCGCCUCCACCUACGGCAGCAGCUACAGCUCAGGGUCCUUCGGCUCGGACGGCGGUUUCCCCAGACCGGGCUUGCUCAGGCCGAUCUCUGACCCGCAGAGUAAUUCUUACAAACAUGAAGUUCGAAGCGAAUCCAAAAUUGUCAACGGCCAGCCUGUGUACGACCUGUACCAUGAACGACGCUUUGAGGACGGGCAUCUCAUUCACGAAGAAAGGAAAGAAAAGGGUGCGAAAGACGUCGACACAUCAUUCGGUCCAGGUCAGGGCCAAGGUUAUCCGGGUGGUCCUGGGUACUCGAGGCACCUGCACGAAACGCACGUGCAGAGCAGCAGCGUUGGUUCCUCUGACUAUGGUUCCGCAGGGACGCUCUCGGCUCGCGGGGAUGCAUCGCCUCAUUACACCUCCGAUGUGUCUAGUCUGUCAGAGAGGCUGCGCCAGCAGAUGCUGUUGCUGAAGAAUCGCAAGGGUCAAGAAGCCCCAGGGGGGAGUCACCACGCCGUCUAUUCCCAAACGCGCUACGUCAACGGCCAGCCAGUCUACGUGAAGAAGGAAGAGCGGAAGUACGAGGACGGCCAGCUGGUCUACAACAAGACGGACGAGAAGGGACCCGACGAUCUGGGAACCCGGCACGUCGCCCAGCAGUACGACGCGUCGGGGUCCCCGGUGGGGACCGGUGGCGGCUUCUACGAGCGGCGCGAUGAGCAGCGCCACUUCUCGUCCAGCAGCCAGGGGAACCAGGCGCUUUACCCGGGGAACUUCCCCGGCCACACCCUCGACCACGCCCCCACCCGGGAGGGAUCCUCGUACCACAGACAGGACUCAGCUUAUCCCUCUUAUAGGCCAGGGUAUAACUCAGGCUCCACAGGUUCCUCUACUCAGUACACGCACGAGUCCAGAGAGGAAUCUUCCUCAGGCUACAGGCCAUACAGGCCAACUUCAGGAAGUUCCUCUACUCAGUACACGCAAGAGUCCAGGGAGGAAACUUCCUCAGGCUACAGGCCAUAUAGGCCAACUUCAGGAAGUUCCUCUACUCAGUACACGCAAGAGUCCGGGAGGAAACUUCUUCAGGCUACAGGCCAUAUAGGCCAACUUCAGGAAGUUCCUCUACUCAGUACACGCAAGAGUCCAGGGAGGAAACUUCCUCAGGCUACAGGCCAUAUAGGCCAACUUCAGGAAGUUCCUCUACUCAGUACACGCAAGAGUCCAGGGAGGAAACUUCCUCAGGCUACAGGCCAUAUAGGCCAACUUCAGGAAGUUCCUCUACUCAGUCGAAUUACAGGCCAUACAGGCCAACUUCAGGAAGUUCCUCUACUCAGUACACGCAAGAGUCCAGGGAGGAAACUUCCUCAGGCUACAGGCCAUAUAGGCCAACUUCAGGAAGUUCCUCUACUCAGUACACGCAAGAGUCCAGGGAGGAAACUUCCUUCAGGCUACAGGCCAUAUAGGCCAACUUCAGGAAGUUCCUCUACUCAGUACACGCAAGAGUCCAGGGAGGAAACUUCCUCAGGCUACAGGCCAUAUAGGCCAACUUCAGGAAGUUCCUCUACUCAGUACACGCAAGAGUCCAGGGAGGAAACUUCCUCAGGCUACAGGCCAUAUAGGCCAACUUCAGGAAGUUCCUCUACUCAGUACACGCAAGAGUCCAGGGAGGAAACUUCCUCAGGCUACAGGCCAUAUAGGCCAACUUCAGGAAGUUCCUCUACUCAGUACACGCAAGAGUCCAGGGAGGAAACUUCCUCAGGCUACAGGCCAUAUAGGCCAACUUCAGGAAGUUCCUCUACUCAGUACACGCAAGAGUCCAGGGAGGAAACUUCUUCAGGCUACAGGCCAUAUAGGCCAACUUCAGGAAGUUCCUCUACUCAGUACACGCAAGAGUCCAGGGAGGAAACUUCCUCAGGCUAUAGGCCAUACAGGCCAACUUCAGGAAGUUCCUCUACCCAAUACACGCACGAGUCCAGAGAGGAAACUUCCUCGAAUUACAGGCCAUACAGGCCAACUUCAGGAGGCUCUCCCCAAAACACGCAAGAGACAAGGGAGGCAUGGUCUUCAGGGCACACGCCAGUCAGAUCGCCUUCCUCCUCCUCCCGACCCGAUAACUCAUCCACCCAGUACACACAUGAAUCGCGUGAGGAAUCUUCAUCCUCGCGUAAACCUCACGUGGACAGAUGGACACACACGCAGCAAACAGAUGAGGAGGUGCACUCGUCAUACAGGCCAGCUAACAGGCCAUCGAGCAGCUCCACUCAUUAUGCACAGGAUUCAAGGGAGGAUACUUCCACAACCAGUCAGUAUACUCAAGAAAGUACCGAGGAGCCCACUUACCCCGGUCGACCUUCAUACAGGCCAUCAGGGACAACAUCUCACGAGAGAGAAGAAUCUUAUGAGUCUAGCUGGCAGCAGCAGCGAAGAGAUCACACCUACACUCCUCCAUCUGGUGAUUUUCACACAACCGUUGUCCAACAGAACACAAGGCAGCCGGAGACCACUACACAGAGUGUACUGGGCUCCUCUCACAGAGAUGGAUCUUCUGAGAUUUACAGCCAGACUUAUGAACAGUCCAGCUCUGCUGCUUCAAGCAACCAUGGCCAGUUUAGUAGAGGAUACAACUCCCAGCACCAGCAGGGAGUUUCUUCGCAUUAUUCUCAAGAGACAUCAGCAGAAAGGCGUCUGACCACAGACGAAGGCAAAGAUACAGUAGGUAUUCCUGGGGUGUUAAGUGGACCACACACCCAGUAUGGCAAUGAUGAAAAGCAUAACAAGGAAAGGUACGACAUCAGUCCCUUGGAAGACAAUGGACCUGAACUCCCUUCUGUUGACAAUGAAUUUGAUUCCUCUUACAUACCUACUCUGGCCCCGGUUGACAGUGAAAUAGAUAGUAGCGUUACUUUUGAAAGGCGACCCGAGCCAGCCAUUCAUACUGACAGGCAAUACCACAACUCUCGCCAAGACACUUCUCGAACCGAUACACAUAGCCAGGCACGUCCUUCUCAUGGCUACAGUGACUCCUCAUACCAUUACCAACACAACCGCACUACUACACAAGGGGGGAUAAACAGUGUCCCAGCAUCCACACCCGCACAAGCACCAGAUACAGAUGAUGCCUCUUCAUACGGUUAUCCUGGUGUUGAAGGUACCAGUCGCUACCACUAUAAUGAGUCAUGGAGACAUUCAACCAGUGUUGACAGUCAGUCACAGCCAGCUUAUGGACCUACUAGCAGUUCCUCAAGUUCAUCCCAAGUCAGAAAUUGUGGACAGGUCAGCUGUAUAGUUGUAGGGGAUGGACACCUAUCUUCCUCCAGGCAAACACAAACACGUGUCAGCACUAGAUAUGUCAAUGGGGAAUUGGUUGGAAUAACACACCAUAUCCGUCAGUACGAAGAUGGAAAACUUGUUCAUGAAAACAGAACAGAACAAUCGGUUGAUGACCUUUCCGAAGAAGACCUGCGCAGAUAUGGAAUCGAUCAGCUCCACUUAGUGCAGGGAAGUUACCAGCCAGAAAGCUACUCUCAGCGUCAUGAGGUCCGACAAGAGAAGAAGUACGUAAACGGUGAACAAAUAUACGACCUUCAUCAUGAAAAACGCUUUGAGGACGGAUCCUUAGUUUACGAAAACCGAACUGAAAAAGAUGCCGAUGAUUUAGGCAUUUCAAGUCCUGGAGGUUAUGAGGGUUCCUACUCCCACACCCACCAGGAAGGGGGCGCCAGACAUGAGGUAACGCAGUCGCAACAUCUGCAGCAGCAUGUCACUUCCGGUGCUGUGGGAGAUAUUACUGCUGGACAAGCCUCAGAAUCGCAACAGGUGACAGACACUGCCCAUGUGUCAGUUGUUCCAGUUUACACAAGUCGCAGGUACGAAACUCGCCGGCAGCAAGAAUUUGUCGACGGUCAACCUACGUAUGACCUGCACCAUGAGCGCCAUUUUAACAACGGAUCCCUUGUCUAUGAAAACAAGACAGAGCUGAACGAGGGCGAACUGCGCGCCUCCCACUCCCCGGGCCACCAGGACGCUCUCCACCAGAUCCUGUCUGGAAACACCCUCAGCACUGCCUAUGAUAGGUCCUCCUCUGCCACGGCACAUGGCUCGUAUGGCAGCGGUCUCGAGAUAUCGCAAAGCUCCUACGACGAGUCGGCCUCCUCGCAGUCCGCUGGGUCCUACAGUGGGUCGUCAGCUUCCUAUGGUUCAGAAUCCUCGCGGCAGACUGGAGUGUAUGGAGAGUCAGCUUCGUCGCAGCUUGGUGGAUCUUACAGCGGAUCCUUGUCCCAAGGCAGUGGAACUUAUGGUGGGACAGGAUUAUCCUACAGUUCUUCAUCCUCCAGCGAGAGUCACGAAUCCUCAAUGACCAAUGGCUUUCCAGCAGGACACGGCGCCAGCUCUUCAAGGGCCACCACAUCCGUCCUUGGAGCAGGUUCCUUUAGCAGUUCGUCUCAGCAGGAAUCCUCUGGAGGCUGCCUCUCUUGCAUGUUAAUUAGAGGUUCAGGAUUAUCUGGGCAAGGAUCUCUGGGCGUGUCCGGAAGCGCGGGGGCAGAUGGCUACAGUCACCGGCAGGAGAUGAACAUGGAGGAGCAUUACGAGGACGGCCAGCUAAUUCACGGCCAGGAGGAAAGCCGCGUCUUCGAGAACGGACAGCUGGUGCACGAGAGCCAGAGACAGUAUGCUGACGCCCCAGGGCAAUCGUACCGAGCUUCGGCACUUCAGUCUGCGAAAACUUCAUCUGUCGAGGCUGGCUCGUGCGAAACGAGUUACUGUAAGAACGGGGGAACGUGCAUCGCCGGCUUCAUGGGUCCUUUGUGUACCUGUCCCUUCGGAUUCAAAGGAAAAGACUGCAGCGAAGCGUACUGCCCCAAACGGUUCUGCCGCUACGGGGGAUCGUGCCAGGUGGAGGGUGCGAGGCACGUCUGCGAGUGCGAGGAGGGCUACACAGGGUACCGGUGCCAGACCCGAACUUACAGACACGCCCGCAGACAUGCUUUCAAACCCUAGGGCGUCUCCAGUUACUCUGUCGGCUUAGAAUUUAGUCUACAGCGGACACACUAAAUCAUAAAUGUCCAAGAAUUUGGACCGUGCAUGCCCUGAUUUUAAUUGCAAAGGGACCUGAUAUUUGGUGUCGAGUAGCACUGAAGGUAGUCAUUUUUGUGCCGUUUUUUCAUAUAGAACUUCCAAGACAUUUACAUAUCUCAUGGUGUUAUUAUCGUUACAGUAUUUAAUUAAACUUCAUAUCCUUUAAGUUAUAGGCAUUGGUAUUCAUAUCAGCUAUAGUAUUGUUUGCAUAAGGAUUUCUAAAGUAAUAUACCUGUUGUUUAUACUUAUUUAGAGUCAGUGUAUGCCUGUGAAUAUUUUCCUCGCUCUUAAUGUGUAGUUAUUUUUUGUUGAUAUGAAAUAGUGCCUGGCUAGCUACAUGCUAUGUAUUUAUUAAAAUAGUUGGUCUCGUUAUUAUUUGGUAGCCAAUGUUUGCAUUAAAGCCAUGCAGGCAGAGGUAGACAGCGAAGUCUGUUCAGCAGACGAAUACUAGGUUGUGUAAGGAAGUCUACCAGUGCUCUACCAUUCACCGGCGGUGCUUUGAAAAGUUAGAUUGACUAACGAAGAUCAACAGAAAAACAUACAUGUGUCGCGUAUUCUCAAUAUUCAACUAUUUAUUUUUAAUGAUGUUAUGCAUCUAGAAUUCUAGAUUAGAAUCUAACAUAUUACUGAAAUAAGGUGCAAAAUGUUACGUUUGAAUAAAACUACAGUUGUUAA